AUAAUCUCCUGUUAUUUCUACUAGGGGCACGCAGUCUGGGCUAUGUUUUAAUGGUGCUACACAUUUUUGGGGGACAAGAAUAUUCAAGAAGCGCAGUCUCUUUGGCACAACGAUAAACACACACACAUGUUCGGCGUAGAUUUGAUUGCUCGUUCCAGCAAUAGUGUCCGCCAUUUUGAUUUAAAAUAUGUGAGCAUCCUUUUCUGUCUUGCUCCAAUCUUCAGGAUAAAAGCGACAACUAAUUUACUGAACCUCUGAUUGUCCUAUACACAGUUGGAAGGGUCAGGCAGCUUCUGGUGAGUUGACAAGGACAUAGGACAUAUUUGGUUAAAUAACCUGGACGUGCAUCACCAGUUGACUGGUUUGGAACAUAAACAAAAUGCUCAGCUAGCAGGUUAACAACACUGACGCACUGAAGCUAAAGUCAAGGUUUCAGAGGUAGUGCUGGAGUGUGUGUGUGAGAGAGAGAGAGGGAGGGAGGGAAUGUGUGUCUUGAGAGGGUGUGUGUAAUCAUCCAUACAGAUUCAUGACCAUUCCUACCUGCAUAUUUGAGAUAAAUGACUGAAGAGGUUUGACAUAGGACACACGUUUUACUAAGCAGCAGCAGCCAUGUUCUGGAAGUUUGACCUGCACACGUCGUCCCAGCUGGAGGCCCUGCUUGAGAAGGACGAUGUCACGCUCACUGAGCUCAUGGAGGAGGAGGACGUACUGCAGGAGUGCAAGGCCCAGAACCGCAGGCUGCUGGUCUUCCUGUCCCAGGACACCUGCAUGCAAGAGCUGCUGCACCUCAUCACCACAGAGCCUGCUGGUCUGGAAGAGACCAAACGCUUCAAGCACCCUAACAUAGCAUGUGAGCUGCUGACAAGUGAUGUAGGGGUGAUAAAUGAUAAGCUGGGGGGAGAGAAGCCCCUUCUGGACAUCCUGUACUCCUUCCUGGAGCAGCCCCCUCCCCUCAACCCCCUCCUCGCAUCCUUCUUCAGCAAGACCAUUGGAAACCUCAUCACACGCAAGACUGAACAGGUGAUCUCCUUCCUGCGGGGAAAGGAGGGUUUCCUGGGUCUGGUUCUUAAACACAUCAACACAUCAGCCAUGAUGGACCUCCUGCUACGCCUCAUCAGCUGUGUAGAUCCUGCUCCUCUCCGACAAGACACACUCAACUGGUUGAAUGAAGAGCGGCUGGCCCAGAGGCUCAUAGAACUCAUUCACCCAGGGAAAGACAAGGAGAGACAGUCGAAUGCGUCCCAGACUGUGUGUGACAUCAUCCGUCUGAGCAGAGACCAGGCCAAUCAGCUCCAAGAGAAUUCUGAGGCCGACCCUCUGCUCGCCGUGCUGGAGUCGCAGGAGUGUGUAAGUCAGCUGCUGGACAACAUGUUUGUGGGCGAGAGCACAGAGAGCUGCAUCGUCUACGGAACUCAAGUCCUUCUCACCCUACUGGAGAUCAGGAGGCCGGGAGUGGAGGGUGUGCUGGAUGUGUGUGUUCUGGGAUAUGAAAGGUGUGUCGUCAGCAGCAUCCUGCAGGCUGUCCAACCCCACCUCAAACACUACCACCAACUACUGCUGGAUCCUCCCAGGCGGACCCCCAUGCUGACCAGUCUAGGUGUGUUGGAGGUGCCACUGGGUAACUGUCGUCUCCAUGUGGCCAGACUAAUGGCCUCCCUACUACAGACCACUAACACGAGUUAUUACACCUGUUUUGACGACACGAUUUAUAACAACACCGUCACACUGGAGCUCUGCAGACUCCAGACCAUAAACCUCCUACUGGACCUGUUCUUUAAGUACACCUGGAACAACUUCCUGCACUUCCAAGUGGAACUGUGUGUGGCAGCCAUCCUCAGCCACUCUGCUCAGGAGGAGAGGCCCCAGGUUGGCCUGGUUAUCCAGGAAAGGCCCUUGGUUCCCCUGGAGGACAUUCCCCAGGCCAGCUUUGUGGCCCAGGAAAAAUCCAUGUUUCCCCAGGAGGAGAAUCCUCAGGGCAGCCUCCUGACCCAGGAAAAGCCCAGGCUUCAGCAGGAGCCCCAGGAAAAGCAGGCCUUGCCUGGCCCCAAACCACCACUGCCCUCUGUUCCUCCUGACAUCUCCACACAUAACCCACUGGUGACCCAUUUGUUUCAGGACUGUCGUCUGGUUCAGAGGAUAUUGGAGGCCUGGGAGGAGAAUGAUAAGACUCAGGCAGAGGGGGGUAUGAGGAGAGGCUACAUGGGUCACCUGACAAGAAUCGCCAAUACUGUAGUCUGUAACAUGGAGAAAGGACCAGUCCGCACCCAGAUCAGCAACCUUAUUACAGAGCUGCCUAAGGAUUGCAGGGGGCGCUGGGAGAGCUUUGUAGACCAGGCCCUGACAGAGACCAACAGGAAGAACACUGUAGACCUGGUGUCUCACAACCUGCGCUCCUCCAGUGAAGACGAUGACCGACAGAGUCCCUUCCCCAAAGAGCUGUCACUGCAACAGACAUUCUCAGACUACCAGAUCCAGCAGAUGACUGCUAACUUUGUGGAUCAGUUUGGCUUCAAUGACGACGAGUUCUCAGAAAACGGCGACAACAUCAGCGCCACCUUUGACCGGAUCAAAGAGAUCAACUUCAACGUGGACACAGAGGACACUGCUAAGACUGCAGCAUUUGAGGCCUGCACUAAAGAGAAGAUCCAGUUGUUUGAUGACAGUGAGGAAGAAGACAUCUGGGAGGAGAGAGAGAUCAACUAUACUACGCACACCAAGUCUAGGACCAGGUUUGGGGGGCCACAGACGUCUGUUGGAUCGGCUCAGAGUGAUGGGAUGAGCGAUACUCCUGAUAAGUCAACAGGUUCUGACACAAAGGAGGGGGAUGUGCCUCAUGAGGUCACAGGUCAGACUGAACACAGCAAGAACAUCAGCCAGACGGAGACUGCACAGAGCCCUGGCUGGGCGGCUAGUUUCGGGGAGGUGAACUUUAACUCCCCCUCAUCUGGAGUGGGUGUGGACCCAUGGGGUAGCCCCGCCCCCAAGCCUGGAGUGGGCGUGGACCCAUGGGGUAGCCCCGCCCCCAAGCCUGGAGUGGGCGUGGACCCAUGGGGUAGCCCCGCCCCCAAGCCUGGAGUGGGCGUGGACCCAUGGGGUAGCCCCGCCCCCAAGCCUGGAGUGGGCGUGGACGCAUGGGGAAGCCCCGCCCCACAGCCUGUAACUACAGAGGCUGAGAAGGGCUGGGCCAAGUUCACUGACUUUCAGCCGUUUUGCUGUUCAGAGACAGGUUUGAGGUGCACUUCCCCAGUGGACUCGGAGAUCUGUGGGUCAGACAAAACUAAACCCAGCCAGGGAAUGAACCCAUGUGUGUGGAGUGUGUGUGUGGCAAGGAAGGCUCCGCUGGUAGCAUCAGACACCUCUUCAUCAGGAGGCUCAGACAGCGAGGAAGAGGAGGAAAAGACUGAAUCUGUUACUAUGGAGAUAGUAUCCAAGGAAAUGGUCACUACAGAGACCUUCGUCACAACCGCCGGACUGGAGACCAUCAGACUUAACAUGAAUGUCAAGAACGAGAGAGCUGGCUUCACCAGUGAGGUUGACAUGAAAGAGAAGGAAAAGGAGAAAAAGAGGGUGAUGGGUGGAGAAGACCCGCUUAAUGCCACAGCUGCUCCUCUCACAGAUCGGCCUGCCACCGUCACAAAAGAGACACCCUCAGCAAACGGACCGGCCUAGUACUGCGCUACCACGACACUCACACACAUACACUCCAUUCCCUAGCUAACACAACCACACUCCACUUCCCAACAACACUCUAUGCCAUGCAACAUCCUGUAUUUGUGAGCAGUGCUGCCCUGUCAUUGGUCCAUGUCAAGGACAACUAUGGUGGAUGAGUGGGACAAAAAGCAGAAGAGAAAAGCCAUUUCAGAAUCCAGACCACAGCUCCUAAACACCAACAACCAAUAAACAGAUGAAUGUGAUGUUUGUCCUUCUGCUGAAGUCUCUCCUACACACCUAUCACCACACUGGGAUGUGUGUGCACGUUAGUGCUGCACAAUUAAUCAAAUUCACAUCGACAUCGCAAUAUUGACAUGUGCAAUGUCCUUGUCUCAACAUCCAAAAUGGCAAGCAAUAUUUUUAAAACACCGCAUAAGGAAAGUUUUUAUAGUUUACUCUGUCAUCCCUCUUGCGGCAUAUUCCCACUCACACCAAGACACUACCCCCGUCAAUCAAGCAGCGCAGUUCCUCCUCCUCUGUCAAAUGCAGUCAACAGAUUGUUAUAAACAAGAACGAUGCUUCUUUCCACGUUGCUUCCUAAUAUACAGUACCCAGUCAAACAUUUUGACAUACCUACUCAUUCAAGGGGUUUUUAUUUUUACUAUUUUUCUACACUGGAAAGCUCCAACAGGUGCUUCGCAUAUGUGGGUACUCCUUCAAGAUUGUUGGAAAAGUAUUCCAGGUGACUACCUCCAUGAAGCUGGUUGAGAGAAUGCCAAGAGUGUGUAACACUGUCAUUAAGACAAAGGGUGGCUACUUUGAAGAAUCUAAAAUAUAUUUUGAUUUAACUCUUCUUUGGCUACUUCACGAUUCCAUUUGUGUUACUUCAUAGUUUUGACGUCUUCACUGUUAUUCUACAAUGUAGAAAAUAGUGAAAAUAAAGAACCCUUGAAUGAGUAGGUGUAUCCAAACUUUUUACUGGUACUGUACGUCAUUGUGUUUCUAUGAUUCCAACAGUUCACCCAAGUGUUUUGAUCUUCAUCACGAGUCAAAUCGCAAUAUUUGGUUAAAAAAAAUGGCUAUUAAUUUUUGUGGGCUAUCGUGCAGCUCUAGCACACGCACAUGAUCCAGCUUUAUGUAGUCUUGUUUGUUCUUAUCUCUCCAGCUGGGUGUUUUGGUUUUUUUUGCACUUAACUUAAGCUCUUUGUUGAGUAGAGAGACUCUACUCCCGCUGUAGUCAUCCUCAGCCCAGAGCAAAGUUUGAGGCCUGGGGAGGAGGCGAAUGGGUAGUCAGUACUGACUAAGAUUCUAAAAGCCAAAAUGUGUUCUAAAAAUGUAUUCCUAGUUUAAUUUAUUUGACUCAAUCAUUUUAUUAUAGAAAAUAAUGAUUGUGUCUGUGCUGUCUCUUCGCUUGCGUGUGGGUGCGUGUGGAAGAUUUGGGAUAUAUUCUCAGGUUAAAAGAGCAGUCCUGUGGAUGUGAUGAAAGCACACCUGUGUGACGUCACACAAACACACACAGCAUGAGUACACACACAUACUCAGUACACAUACACAGAAGAGACUAUAUAUAUAUAUAUAUAUAUAUAUAUCUCGCACCACUACCUGAGCACACACACACCACUACCUGAGCGUGCGCGCACACACACACACACACAAAGUGUCAGACAUACACCACUACCUGAGCACACACACAGUCACACCCUUCCACAGAGCUGUGUAAAUGUAAUAUUGUGACAUUUGAACCUGUAUUAGGUUGUGGUAUAAUGUAAACGUAUUAUGUAAACAGUAUAUAAAUAAACACUUAUCUAUUUUUGGUAUCAAUUCAGAUGUAUCGGAAAGCGGUUUGCUCUGUGUGUGUGUGUGUGUGUUGAAAUGAGGCAAUAAUGAUGUCUGUGUUUUGGUUUUUACCCCAGCAUCAGACCCUGUAACCCUGCUACAUGCUUUCACCUGGGUGGGGGGGGGGUCGCAUGUUUGAUAUAUUGGAAAUGUCCACAUACAUACAUUUUUACAUAGCUUUGGUGAAGGAUUUAAUGGAAUGCAUAUGUUCCAUUGACCAGAUUGGCGCACAUUCAACAAAUUUGAUCUAACGAAGUAGAUAUUCGUCAAUUACAAAUAUCAUGAUUAUUGUAACAGGCCCACAAUGUUGGUGCUUAAGUCCAAUUUUGAGUUAUUUCGCUGCAUGGAAUGCCGAUGGUGUCUGGGAUUGCUAAAUACUAACUCCCAUUCAUAUAUAAGCUGGUUAGCAGAGCUAGCAUACAGAAAUCAGGUAGUCAAAUUUGUUUUUAACUGUAAUGCAGUUGAUUGGUAACGAUGAUAUGAACAUGUGUUGCGGUUGACAUCCAUACAAGCAUUCUACUUUUAGAGACUCGUGAUCUUUCCCCGACGCAUUUCCAUGGCAUUAUUCCAUUAUUUUGGUCAAGUUCAAUUGCUCUCUUUACUGCAUCUAUGCUACAAUCAUGUUCUAUCAUCCCAUCAGUAUCAAAAGAGCUCUCUCUCUCUCCCUCCUUUCUCUCAGAGCAUGUCCUUAAUGUUAUGUGGUUUUAUGUUUUUAAAGCAUUUUGUGAUGGUGUCACAACCACCAAGGUUUUUCCUCACAGCUGAGAUGUUUGACUUAAAGGAAUCCGUUACAAAUAUUAACAUUUUUAAAUAACUGUUAUAUGAUGGGCUUUUAUCCACAGAUCGUGAUGCCAAAGUGUCUUCCAGAGUGGGCUGGGUCUCAAUCCUAUAAGAGAUAGUCUUCUUCCUCAGAAGUGUCCAGGGGAUUAAAAGGGGUUGUGUAAGUGGUAAAGGCUGAGGUUCAGGAGAAGUAUAUAGGGAAGGUGUGGAGGGUAGAGACAAAUGAAAUGGGCUAGUUUUGGGACUGGGAGAGGGAUCCACCCUGAGUCAGGGUUUGAAAAAGCGAACUAGUUGUGUGUACAGGGUUACAUCAUACCUUCACCCCAACACCACAUCUGACCCAUACGUGUGUGUGUGUGUGCGCUCUGAGGUCAGAAGCCUUUUGUAAAGGGCGUGGCUGCUGGUGGUUCAUUUCUGUAUAAGUAAUAGGUAUGUUACUGUUGUCAAACCCUAGUCUGUACGUUAAGAUAUCAAACUAAUAAAUAUGUCAAUCAUCAA